AUGUUUGGAAAGUAUGUAUUUAGUACAUCAAAGUAGCUUUCAUUGGUUAUUCUUUCGAAGCCCUACUUUUGACCUUCACUUUUAGAAUGAAGACUUACAAUUGACCACUUUGUUAGACGAUGACAACUUAAUAUGCGAGGCUCAAUCUUAGAAUACAAAACUUUUAGAUUUGUAAUACAAUCAGUAGAUUAAUAGUGUUCAAGAAGAAUAAGUGCUUGAAUUGAUCAAAUAUAUAACGGAAAUGCCUGAUGAUGAUUCAAAUUCGAAGAGAGCAUAUAGAUAUCCAUUUUAUUCGAAUGCCCUCUUGUGUUUCGUUGGACAAGUAAAACCAUAGUAUUUCAUUGAGAAUGAUAAGUAAAUUAUAUAUCUAAGACUUAAAGACGACUUCUUUAUAAGUUGCUCAAUUUUUUUUCUUAGGAUCAAGAUGUUAAUUCGGUUCUUGCUGGGUUUGUCAUAAAUGUGCUUGAACAAAUCUAAGGUGAGAUCGUUGUAGGGGAAUGCUUUCAGAAUCAAUAAGUUUAAGAGGGGAUGAUCAGAUAAUUGUAAUCUCGCUCUGUCUCAGACUUUCUACUUUAUUUAUUAAAGGUUUAAUCAGAAUAAUACUAAAAUGAAAAAAUAAAUCUCCUUUAGUCUAUUCUAAAAAGAAUAGAUGAUUCCACUAAUUUUGAAGUAAAUAAUUUAUUUAUUUUGAGAUAUCGUCUAACGUUUCAUAUAUAAUCUAAGAAUUGAUUAAAGUAGAGGAUUAUUAACAAUGGUAUAUGGACAUCAUUUUUGGAGAAUUCAUCAAUAAACUUUGUUAAACAAUUUCAGUCAAGGAUAAUUAUAUUUCCUUAUCCUCAAGCACCAUACUUAACAAUUUACUUUAAUUCUUAAAAUAAACCUCUAUGUAAAAUUACGAGCCUUAACCCAAGGGCCCAAAAAUAGAUGUGGAUAUGGUAUUUUCAAGAAUAGAACCAUAUUGCACUGAUUGGGUUGAGUAUCUAUUAAAUCAGAAAUCUCCCAUCUUGGGCUAAUAAAAACUAAAACUACUUGAAAUAAUUGGAGUUGGAGUUUCCUUAAAUAAUUAGUCAUUUAUCAAUAGACUUUAUUAAUGUAACGUAUUCAAAGUGUACAAUUAAUUAUUUCUAACUUAUGAAUAGCACGACAUACUGCAUUUCUAAUAUUUCAAUUUGAUUUCUUAGAUGAUAGAAAAUUAAAUAGAUAUCCUCAUUAAGAAUGUAAAAUAUUAAAUUGAAUUUAGUUGUUUGAAGAAAACUAAUUUAUUUAAUUAUUGAUACAAUGCACCAAUAAAGUGGACAAUCAAGAAAAACAAAGGAAGGGAUAGUUGGGCUUUAUAACUCUCUUGGGAAUCUUCAUAGUGGAGAAGGCCGAGAAUUAUGAGUAUCUGUAAUAGUACCUGCAAAAUGAAUCAUGGCAACAAUUCAAAACUCAGUAUUUCGAAAAGGCUCAGAAAAUCAAUAACUUUGAGUUGGGAUAAGAUGGAAUCGACUAAUUGUAUUAAUAGAAGGAUGUUCAGCUUGAGGUUGAUGCGAAUAUUCAGUCGGAAGAGUAGAAUAAGGAAUAGAAUAGAAAUUAAAAUUAAGAAACUAUAUGA